AUGCAGCAAAAGGGAAACUGCGGGGCGGCCGGACGGUGCGUCCCGGAGGUGGCUGCUGGAGAAGCGGGUGAGAUUCGCGCCGCGGAGGUCUCAGGGAGGUUUGCAAAACGAAGCCCCGACGCCGCCCAGGGGCAGCAGGCAGCCGGCCCGCUCCGCUCCGCGCAGCCCCGAGGCUCCGAGCCCGCUGCAGGUGCUGCCGGGGCGCCUCCCCGGCUGUGUCGGGCCGCCUGCCUGCCGCCUGCGAGGGCCCGGCCGCCCCUCACGCUCCUCUCCGGCGGCCUGGCAGGCCCACGUGGUCGCCCCUCCUCCUCCUCCUCCUCCUCCUGCUCAUCCCCGUGCAGGCGGCCCAGGACAGACGCUCUCGCGGCCUCGAGGGCCAUCAGGCCCAGUGCCACGGAGGCCUCCGGCCAGAGCGGCAGGGGGCGCUCCCGAGCGCGGGCAGAGGAAGUCCCGCCUCUACGUGCCCACGCGCAAAAUGGUGGCGCCGGCCUCCGCAGCCCACGGGGGGCGCACUUCCGGCCGCCGUCCCCCGCCCCGGCGCUGAGCCCCGCGGAGAUGGCGGCGGCGGCGGCGGCGGCGGCGGAGGAGUCGGGGCCGGAGGCGCCGCGGCUGGGGGAGCUGCUGGAGUCGGCGUGGCGGCUGCUGGAGGAGGUGGAGGCGGACGCGGGCCCGUCGUCGGGGGCAGCCGCGGUGCAGAGCAAGGUGCAGCGCGGGAUCGCCCUGCUGGAGCGCGCGGCCGACGGCGUGGCCCAGCUGGACCUCUUCAGCCGGCAGGAGGAGCUGGAGGAGGUGGCGUCGGCCGACCUGCGCUUCAUGCUGGUGCCGGCGCUGCUGGGCGCGCUGGUCCUGCGGCAGGUGGGCGGCCCGGACCCCGCCAGGCGCCUCGAGCACCUGGGCCGCGCCCGCGCCUGCUUCGGCGACUUCCUGCGCCUCUGCCGCGACUACCGCCUCGCCGCCGCCCGGCCGCCCGACCGGCCCCCCGACGACCCCAGCGGCGCCCCCGAAGACCGCGCGGCCGGCCCCGCCCACGAGACGCCGCUGCUGGCCAUGGCCGCCUCCCGCCACGCCAAGAUCGAGAGGUACAAGCAGAAGAAGGAGAUGGAGAACAGGUUGGCUUCUUUGAAAGCUGUCCUAGACAGCGGGCGAGCCGAGGAAGAACAGAUACGGGAGUUCUACUUGCUACAGAUAACAAAAUGGGUCAACGUGAGCCUUGAUGAAAUCGAAAGCAUCGACCAGGAAAUAGCGAUCCUCAGCCGGCGUGAUGCUUUGAGACAGGGUUCAGCCACUCGACCAUCACAUCCUCCGAGGCCGCCAAUGAAAUCUUUCAUCCUUACCCGAGACGCUGCACAGGCGAAGGUGUUUGGAGCGGGCUACCCUAGUCUGGCAACCAUGACAGUGGACGACUGGUACGAGCGGCAUCAGAAGCAAGGAGCCCUGCCUGACCAGGGCAUCUCACAAGCAGCCACAGCAGGUACAGAAGAGCAGCAGAAGGAAAAGGAGGAGGAGGAGGAGAAAGACUCCGUGUGGAAGGCACGAGAAUGGGAUGACUGGAAGGAUAUGCAUCCAAGAGGCUACGGCAAUAGGAAGAACAUGGGCUGAUCAACUGGUGGACGAGUAACCUGGAGAUCAGCCUGUUGCCCAAAGUGUCUCCAUGGCUGAACGACCCAGCUGUAGCCAGGGACAGGCUGUGGCUCCUGUCGGAAAGUGUGAGGGGAAGAACCGAGGCAGCACCACCUCCCGUGGGUUUUGUCGGGUGCCGUGAUACAUUGUGUGUUUGUGUCAGCAAAUCGGAAUGAAUACUCAGGAAGCUCAGAUGAGGUUCAUUUGGAAAUGCUUGGCUGCUGAAUGAAAAUAAAAUCUUUUUCGCAGUGCA